AUGUCGACAUUUGACGGCCACCUACCCGAAUUCCCACGCAUUCGAAUUGACCGUUUCCGCCUCAAUGAUGGCUCCACAGUCCCGUCACUGGCCAACUUCCUUUCACACAUCCACACUGACCAUUUAAUCGGUCUUGACUCGCCUUCAUAUGGCGGACCCUUCAUCUAUUGCUCAUCCGCCACCAGGGAAAUGCUUCUGAGACUUGAGAAGUAUCCAACCAGAAUGAACUUUGCAAACGGUUUGACUGAGACCAGGACCCAAACGUACAAGCAUUUGAAGAAGCUGCUGAAGCCGGUACCUCUCGAAGUUCCGACAUGGAUCGAGCUUUCAGACGGCUACAGAAUCCGGGUCACACUAUUUGACGCAAAUCACUGCGCAGGCGCCGUCUCCUUCUUGAUUGAGGGUGAUGGAAAAGAUGCCAAAGCCAUCUUGUAUACCGGCGACGUCCGAUCAGAACAGUGGUGGGUGCACUCUCUCUCACGAUAUCCAUUUCUCAAUCAGUAUCUGCGCCACGACAACAAAGAUCCACAUAAGCAGCUAGACACGAUAUACCUCGACACCACAUUCGCAAACAAGACAGAUCCCUAUCAGAGCUUUCCAUCAAAAGCGCAAGGGAUUGCAGAACUCAUCAGCAAGGUAUCGCAAUACCCAAAGGACACUGUUUUCUAUCUCAACUGUUGGACGUUUGGGUACGAAGACGUAUGGUCAGCUAUCGCCACGUACCUCGACACUCGCAUUCAUGCAGAUCAAUACAAGUAUGGCGUGUACGGAGCGCUCGGCAACAGCAAGGAGCCAAGAGCAUCGGAAUUCUUCAAGCUCAUCACGAGCUCGGUCGGCAAUCACGCYCAGCAAGGCUGUCUCGUUACCGACAGCGAGCCUCACCAAGUGCACUCAUGCGAACAAGGAACCUCGUGUUAUGUGUGGAAUGAGGAAUUCGUUCGCAUCACUCCCAUCAUCAGCAGAUAUGGUGGUAAAGCCAUGCGAGAGCCUGGAGCAGGCGGCGGCGAAGAUGACUUGAACCGACAGAUUGAGAUUGAGUUUCAAGAUCAAAGUGAAAUCAUCGAGCUUGUCGAAUUGAUAGCAUCCAAAUACCAGGACUUUCCAGAACUUCGGGCAGGCGUUAUCAAGCUGCUCAAAGAUGAGAUGUCUUCUCGUGGCACAGUGUCUCUGGAGCUGGCCGAUAUCCAUCCCGACACCGCCGAUGAUGCGAUGUCUCAAGAGCCUCCGGAGAUGGAAGAUCUCAAGCCUGAGGACAUCGUCAGCGCAUUGGCAAAACGAGUGGCAAGGACGAAAUUGGAGGCCGAUGCUCCUGAGGAAGCACCGAAGCAGUCCGGAAAUCUGCCAAAGCACAUCCUGUUCCCGUACUCCCGGCAUUCAUCUUAUGGCGAAUUAUGCUCUCUCAUCGAAGCAUUCAAGCCGAAGGACAUCUUUCCCUGCACUACGGUUCCUGAAAAGCACUGGACGGCGAACCAUUCAAUGGCCUACCUCUUCGGCCACCUCUACACCGAACCUCCCAACUUCAGACACGACCAGCUGAUGCUACGCAAUCUUAACGAAAGACCUGCGCCUGUAGGCUCGCCUCGCGUCCAGAAGCAAAUGGGAACCCCAGAAAUUACCAACAGCUCCAGCACAUUCCAGCCAUCAAGUUCCACGCCUUCGAAGAUGGCAAGCAAGCGAAAGACUUCGGUUGAGAGUCAGGAUGUUCGGGAGCGCACCGCACCGAAACGAAGGGUCGUAGAGGAUUCGCCACCUGGUGCAGACACGGUACCAAACUCGGAACCAGACGAAAUAAUGGACGCCGUCGAAUUGAAGCAUGCGUUCCGGCUUGAAGCAUCUGAUGCUGCGCUCGGCAAUAAUGGCAAGCAUUGGUCGACAGUCGGACUGGUGAGCGUUAGCGGCCAUCAGGAGAAAGAAGAGGAGCUAUAA